AUGAUUCGGAGUUGCGUACGGUUGGCAUCACAAUCGACGAACAAACUUCUCAUUUUUUCCUCAUUGUCCCGUAACAGUCAACUCUACAUUUCGAUGAGCUCUUCUGAUUUGGGAAGAGGAUUUAAACAAGGCCGUGGAACUGGUGAUUCUGGGCAAUCUUCUCUGUACAACAAUGAGCGUCGCUGGAAAGAUGACGACACUUUCAAUGCUCUCGGAGCAACCGAUGAAUUGUCUUCAUUUCUUGGUGUCUGUGGAGCAUCUGCUCAAAACGAUGGUUCAAUGAGCGAUGUAGUGGAGACAUUAACACGCCUUCAAUGUUGUCUACAGGAUGUUGGAGCUCAUCUUGCUACUCCACCAAAAAAUUCUUCGGAGAGAAAACAAAAGAAAACUGCAUUCGAUAUUGCAAUGGUUGAAUGGAUAAAUGCAGAAAUCGAUCGAUACGGAGACGCGUUGCCUGCAAUCCGACAAUUUAUUCUUUCUGGCGGUGGAAUGACGUCUGCUCAAUUACAGUAUUCCCGCGCAAUUUGUCGUCGAGCUGAACGGAGUAUUGUUCCACUUAUGAGAGACGAAGACGUCGAUCCAAUGGCAUUAAAGUUCUUGAAUAGAAUGAGCGAUCUUCUAUUUGUUCUCGGUCGUACUGCCUGCAUGAGAAACAAGAACGAAGAGCUGACAUAUCUUCGCCCCGAUUCGUUCACCAAUUUGAAAUGGGAUCGUAAAUCUCUUCACGAGAAAAAAUAAUUUUUUUUAUAAAUAUGUAGUUAUCAUUCUUGUGAAACUCGCCAUACACUUCGUGUAAAAUUUUUAUUGAAUAAUCUUGCCAUAAAUAUCAGAUUUGUCUAUAUAU